UGUCACUGUGACAAUUUCGGUAACUUUGACAUUUGUCAAUUGUCUAUCUCUGUUGAUUUUUAGUUUUGUGAUUUCGGAAUUGUUUUCGAUUGUUGCAAAGUUUUAAACAAAAUAAACUGCAUGUAAAUAAUAUAACUUUUCGAAAAUGUCACUCAGUCUCUUAUUAGAAAAAUAUGAUGUAUCUACAGAUGAGGGCUUACAGAAAGCCCUCAAUGAUAUUGAGAAAGAAGAGGCGGAGGUGGAUGAGGCUCUCUCGGGAGUGUUAUCCAGAGCAUGUUCCUUAGAAGGCCGUCUCCGCGCUGCUAGUCAAGCGUAUACGAAGCUCAAUGAUGUAAAGACGGAUUCUCAAAUUGCCGCUGACAUGGUGGAAAAGACAGCCGGUCUUGCCAGGGAUGUCAGUGCUAAAGUGCGACAGCUGGACCUUGCGCGAUCUCGCGUAGCAGAAUGCCAGCGUCGUGUGCACGACUUGAUAGAUCUUCAGCUGUGCAGUGCAGGAGUUGAGGCUGCUAUUAAAGCACAUGAUUACGAAACUGGUGCUGGCCACGUCUCUAGAUUUCUCAGCAUGGAUCCAGGGUCAGUGGCUGCAGCAAGAGCUCGUGGUGCUCCAGACCCAAGGGAUGCUAUGACUCGUGCUGCGAAUACACUUCGAGAACAUUUAGUACGCAAGUUUGAAGAGGCAGCUCGCAAGGAAGAUGAACCAAGUAUAGAAAGAUUGUUCAAGCUGUUCCCACAAAUUGGACGAGCUGAGGAGGGAGUAGAUCUUCUCGCCAAGUAUUUGGCAACACAAGCGGAGGCCGUGAUCCGGCGUGCGUGCAUAGUGUCGGACGCGCGGUCGGAGGCGGCCGUGUACGCGGACGCGGUGACGCGCGUCGUGGAGGCGGGCGGCGCCGCGCUCGAGCGCGCCCGUCGCGCCGCCGCCGCCGCCGCGCCCGGCCUGCUGCAUCGCGCGCUACUUGCCAUACAGCCUGCUGUAUGCUCAGGCAUCCGUCGUAUAACGGGCGAGCUAGUAGCGGCGCGGCGCCUGACGCAGGACCCGGCGCGGGGACUCAGCUCGCCGCUCAGUGCCGAGCCCGUCUUGGCAGAGCUGGCACUCACGCACUCACGCAUCUCUCUAUACUUCUCCUUCCUCAGGAGAAAGGCUGAGGUGGACGCGGCCCCUUUGAAAGACGCUGAAAAGAAAGCAAGCAAGGACGCAGUAGAGAAGAUUAUAGCAGAGUGUGACCUUAUGAGGACAGCACAGGAAAUACUUGGAUAUUAUCUAGCAUUGGAAAGAUACUUUUUGGAGGAGAGUGUAAAUAAAGCACUGAAGCUGGCAACACCACAGGUUGGGGCUACCACAUCUAGUUUGGUGGAUGAUGUGUUCUUUAUAGCCAGGAAGGUUAUCAGGCGUGCAGUGUCGGCGGGCAGCGUGGACGGCGCGUGCUGCGUGCUGAACGAGGUGAGCGCGCAGGUGGAGCGCGGCGCGGCCGCCCUGCGCCGCUGGCUGCGCGCGCCGCCGCACGAGCCGCUGGCGCUGGCCGGGCCGGCCGCCCCGCGCGAGCCGCGCCGCGCCCGACCCCGACCUGGCGGCGGCGCGCCAGCUGUACCUGGCGCACAUGGCGGAGGCCGAGGCGGGCGCCGAGUGGGCGGAGCGCCUGGCGACGGAGGCGCUGGGCGCGGCGGGCGCGCUGGCGCGGCGCGCGUCGGAGCGGGACAAACUGGCGUCGUGCGCGGCCGGGCUGGCCGGCGCCGCGGCCGCCUUCCGCGCCGCGCACGACCUCGCGCUGGCCGCACUCGCCGCCGCGCUCGCGCCCAAGCUGCAGGCCUGGGCGCUGCAUCUUAG